AUGUGGCAUCCCCGGUCCAGCAGGAGGCAGCAGAGCAGCGCAGGUCAGUCGGCUGUUUGUUGUUUCUUCAUACAUGAGAUUAUACCAGCAACAGGCUGAGACAGACACUUUCAAAUAUCCUGUUUGUAAUUUAAAAAUAUACUAUCAAUCAUACUAUCAAUCAUACUAUCAAUGCAGUCAGGGUCAGUCACACAGUUUUAACAAAAAAAGGUGUCAGAAAAUCAGCUCACACACACACACACACACACACACACACACACACACACACACACACACACACACACACACACACACAGCCUCACCCUGCGUAGCCCCACCCCUCAGCUCUGAAGCCUCACAGAUCAGAUGUCGGAGAGAUGAGAGGUAGGACUGAGCUGAACCGCUCUCUAAACGGUGAAACUUUCCUUUAAUGUCUUUUAUUCUGAAAGGGUGAUUGAUUUUCUUUGAAUCUAAUCAGGAUGUGAUCUGUGUUUUUACUGGUUUGUUACAUGUUUGUUGGUCUGCUUGAUUGAUUGAUCACCUGUGAUGAUCCCCUGUGCAGGAAACUGAUCCAGCAUCGAACCUGUUUAUAUAAUCAUGCAAAUAUGAUGUCACCUGAGUGUACAGCAUGAACAUAUGUUCUCAGGGUUAGUAAAAGAAAACAUUUUCUCUGUGUUUUUGUAUAAAUUGAUGGUCCAAAAAGUCCUAGAUUCAUCCCCCUGUUUUAAGUCAUUUCAGGUUGUUAGAUAGUUGUUGUGUUAAGAUGAUAUUAAACGCUGAACUGAACUUUAUUGUUGUGUUAAAUGUUCAGCAGGAGGUGUGGAGGAGAAACAAAACGGGCAGAAAAAGAAGCUCCUGAAACUGAAGAACCCUGCAAAGAUCUGGAAGAACUUCAAACAGCAGAACCAGAACCAAAUUACAGGUCAGAGCCAACAAAACACCAGCAGCCCCAGCCCACUGGGGUCAAAUAUCAACAUCAACUUAGAGUUAGAGUCAACGGAACCAACAAAACAACCUUAGCUCCAAAACCAUUAAAACUGACUAAACAAACAAACAAAAAAAACACGAUCAGGUCAGAACCUACCAACCUGAAAGAGACAAUCAGGUGUUACCCAAAAGAACUGACAGAAGUCAAAUCAGGUCCCUACCAUCUGAAUCUACAAAGACCCAACCCAGUCAUAGUCAAUAAAACUAACAACAGCACCAUCAGGUCAGAACCAAGGAACACACAAAGACCACCAAUCAGGUCAGAAUCAACAAGUAAGUAGUAUUAGAUAUCCCAAACAGGUCUGAACAAACAAAACCUACAAAAGUCCAAUCAGGUCUCUAACACCAGAACCUACAAUGGCCUAAUUAGGUCAGUACCAACAGAACCAACAUAAGCCCAAUCAGGUUGCCAAAUUAAGUCCCAACAUACAGGAUCAACAAAGUUACAUUAGGCCAGAGAAUGAUAAAGGACCCCAUUAGAUCAAGAACAACACAGCACCACCAGUUCAUGGCCCCAGGUCAGGCCAGAUAAUUCCAACUCAAAUAUUUUUAACCUGGACUACCAGAACCCGUUACAACAAGGAGAAUUCCUCUGUAUAAGAACCAACCAAGCCAGCUAAAAUGAUCAUGUCAGAACCAACAGAAAUUCAGGCAGAAGCCCGUAGUUUUACUUUGUUGUCUUUUCUGCAGUGCAGGAGAUUAGGGCUUUGUAAGAUCAUGAGAACAGAUGGCAGGUAAGGCAAAGGUUCUGUGUUUUGCAGAGGAUGAGGUGGAUGGCUGUGAGGAGGUUCUACCACAGGAGCAGAGAGAGGAGAAGCUGGAGGAGGUCAGCAGGAGGCUGAUCAUCAGGGAGGAGGAGCUGUUCGGUCAGGACUCACCCUGUGAGGAGGAGCAGGACCAGCUGCAGAGAGAGCUGGAGGCUCUGAGACUGAAAAUAUGGAUGGCUGUCCACAACACCUUCAAUUCCUCAGGUGAGAUGGAGCUCCUGAAGAGUGCUGUGGUCUGCAUCCAGCAGCAGGAAGAGCAAGACCGGCGCUGGACUGAAUGUUCUGAGGACAAAGUCCCUGUGUGGCGUCCACAAAAGUGUCUUGGCACUCACGGUAGACUCCUGCAGAACAUGGUAGAGUCCAGACUGUUGAAGGCUGCUGAGACAGACUCUGGCGAAGCUGAUGGACUGUCAUCACCUCUGAAACAGGAGGUGGGUUACACACAAGAACAGCAGAAUCCCGUUAAGAAAUACGAUUGUAUGAUCGCACAAGGCUGUCUCUAAUAUCAGAGAUCAGAUCCUCUCAUAAAGUAAUAAAAAUAUUUUCAUCUGUGCAGGUGUGUCAUGUGGGCCGACAAGUGAAAGAUGACCUGCUGCUGGUAGCAAGGACAGUGGUGGACUGUUACCCCCCCAAAAUGGACAUUCUUAACCUGUAUGCAGGACUCUACCAUCAGAGCUUCUCCGCUCGACUGAACAGACUGGCAGCUCCUGGGCUGGGAAAUGAUGACUGCAGAUAUCUGCUGUUUUGGAUCAAUCACUGCUAUCCAAUGUAAGUUACUGUUACCUGCAGUCAGCGCCUGCUACCCACAGUCAGUCUUUGCUGCCAACAGUUAAUUUCUACAAAUGAGAGUUAUUCCUUGCCACAGAAUUUAAGUCAAUCCCUGCUAUUUGGAAUCAAUCUUUGUUGCCAUCGGUCAGUCCCUGACACCCUAAGUCAGAGCCUUCUGCCAACAGUCAUUCCCUGCUAUCCACGACCAGUCCCUGCUGCUUUAAGUCUAUCUCUGCUAUGAUCAGCCAGUCUCUCCUGCCACCGAUCAGUCUCUGAUGCCCUCAACAAGUGUUCACUGCCAGCAGUGAGCCCCAGCUACCAACAGUCAGUCCCUGCUAUGUAUUGUUGGUCUCUGCUGCCAACAGUUUGCCUCUGUUGCCAACAGUCAGUUUCUACUACCAUCAGUCAGUCUCUGCUACCCACAGUUAGUUUCUGCUAACAACAGUCAGUCUCUAAUGUCCUCAAUCAACAUCUACCACCAACAGUCAGUCCCUGCUACUUACAGCAAGUCCAUGCUACCUACACUUAGUCCCUGCUUUAAGCCAUCAAUUACUGCUACUAACAUUUACCCUCUACUACUCACAGAUAGUUUCUGAUGCCAACAAUCAGUUUUAUUCAUCAGUCAGUUUCUCUUCUAACAGGCAGAUCCAACCUCUGGCAGUCAUGUCCUGCCCUAGACAGUGAGUCUCACCUGCCAACAGUCAGUCCUUACUACCAAGAGUCAUCCCUGUGUGAACAUGAACAGAGGUUCGCAGGUGCAUGGUCAGAGUUUGGUGUAACAUCAGGUGUUUUUUUCUAGAGAUAUAUUAAAACAUGAGGAUCUGGAGGGGAAGAUAAAGACAGCCUGCCUGGGUUCUUUACUUCAACCAGACCACCUGGACCGGCUCGAGGAUCAGUACCUGACCCAAAAAGAGGUAAAGACAAACAGACUGCCAGCUGGUCUACAUUGGUAUAAACUGGUCUUGUUUAAGGCUGGCUAGUUAUGUUCUAAAGUUAUGAGUUCAUAUAAGCAAUAAAUGUCAUGAAUGUAAUUGUUUAGGAGAAAGUAAAGCAGUGGUUGAACUCAGCGCUAAGGAAAGAGGAAGAGGGUUGGCUGAGCGGAAAAACACCUGAACUCAUCGACCAAUACUGCUUCAGUCCUCUGGCUAUAGAUGUCAUACAGGUGAGUCUGUACAGAUUUGUCUGCACAGAUGAGUUGUAUUGCUCCCCUCUAAAUGUUUGAAGGUCAUACACAGAUCCCUAACUGCUUGUAAAUCCAGGUUAUAAACAGCUCCCUAACUGUUUGUGUUUUCAGGUUAAAGACUAUUUGUAGUUCCAGGUUAUAAACAGCUCCUUAACUGUAUGUAGUUCCAGGCUAUACACAGAUCCUUAGCUGUAGUAGUUUCAGGUUUUAAACAGGCCCCUAACUGCUUGUGUUAUCAGGUUAAAGAGUGUUUCCUGAGUGUUUGUAGUUCCAGGUUAUAAACAGGUCCCUAGUUUUUUAUAGUUCCAGGUAAUAGACAGAUCCCUAACUGUUUUUAGUUUAAGGUUAUAGACUGUUUCCUGGCUGUUUGUGUUUUCAGGUGAUGAGUGGCUCCCUAACUGAGCUCAGCUCUGUGGUUCGAGAUCAGAUAAAAGCUCAUAGGCUCACAGCUCAGCUGGAGAGCUUCCUCUACAGGUAGGCCACACCCACUGACUCUAUAAAUAAAGUAUGUUGCAGCAGGUGUUAAUACACAGGUGUAUUAAUAACACGGAUUGUGUUUCAGCUAUAAGAGAUGUUUGGAGGAGUUCAUGAAGGGGAACCACAGGAACAUCCGCUCAGUGGUCAAAGCUCAGCUGGUCUGUGAGCAGCAGCUCAGGUGUGUUUACCUGCUCAAUAUUUAACACGCCUUUCUCACCUCUAAGUGUAAGCAGAGCUCUCAGUUUGCAGUUAGUCUAUGUCUGUUUGUCUCCUCACAGCAGGAAACACCAUGGCUGAUAAAACUCAGCUGGAAGCCAGUUUGAGCUCUAUUCCUAAUUUAUCCCGGAGCAUUGUGGGAAUUGUAGUUUUUUCUUGGAUGCUGUGUUCACCUGCUCCGCCCCUGAUUUUCUGCCUUUGUCCACAGGGGUUACAUCACAGGUCAAACAGGAAGUCUGUCUGAGAAGCAGAGAUGUUGCUGUCUGGACACUCUGACUGCACUGAAGGAUUGUGGGUACCAGUGUCUCAUCUGCCCCAUUCUCGUCCAGCUGAAGGUAUGAAUACUUUAAAUGAGGGAAAUGACACAAUCCUCAUUAACAUCAGCAUGAGUCUGAGUCACUAACCUCAACCAUCUAGAACCAAUCAGUGAUCAGUGAGAGGUGCUGUGUGUCCAGGUGGGUUUCAGUCAGCUGUGGACAGCGGCUUGGAUAGAUGGGUCACUUCCUGUUGUGGACCCAUUGCUGGACUCUCUGAACCACGAGCUGAGUGACCUGUUUGACCUGAAACCAGCCUGCAGACAGGUGAGACUCUUUAUUCUACCAGUCUGUCUGCCUGAGUGUCUACCUGUCCACCUGUAUGUCUACCUGUCUACCUGUGUGUCUGCAGGCCCUGUUGUCCGUGCUCCAUCAGGACUUAGUCCUUCGGUAUGUAAAGAGGAUGAUGAAGACCAAGGCCAAGACCAGAGAGCAGCAGAUUGGCGGAGCCAAGCGGAUGAUUGACGAUGCAGGAAAGAUUAAUGACUUCUUCGCUGAGGGGGUGAGAUGAUGAUAAAACACCUGCUUUAGGCUGAAGACAAAGAUGAGGACUUUGGGUUUCGAGCAGGUCCAGUAGAGGACCUGAUUAUUCAUUUGAUUUUUAUUCAUCUGUAAAGACUGUUGACAGCAGAUAUGAUCAAAACUUGCAGUUUGAUUGGAUAAACACACAAUAAGUGCUCAUUAUGUGGAGGGGUGAUAGGACAGCAGUAAAAUAGGAUAAUAGGAUAGCAUUCCUGCAGAACGCUCAACAGUUCUCUCUCUCUCUCUCUCUCUGUGUGUGUGUGUGUGUGUGUGUGUGUGUGUGUGUGUGUGUGUGUGUGUGUGUGUGUGUGUGUGUGUGUGUGUGUGUGUGUGUGUGUGUGUGUGUGUGUGUGUGUGUGUGUGUUUGUGUGUGUCUUCAGGGCUGUAAGGAGUCGAUGUGGCUCGGUGAGAUGCUCUGCACCCUGGCUGAGAUCCUUCGACUGCAGGAUCCUGGAAGUCUUCAGCUGGAGAUGGUCAGUCUGGCCCGAGCCUUCCCAGACCUCAGGUACAGAUGGUGGAAAGUCCGUGACAGUUUGUGACGGUCCAUGACUUUGAUAUGGAUGUCUUAUUUAUUAAUGAAUCGAUCUGCCCUCCUCCUUUGCUGCUGUGUUUUCUGUUUCACUCAGCUGUUUUCUGGUUCAAUCCCACUGUUCGUUCAGUGAAGCCUUUCCAUUGGACGUCCGCUUUAAUAAUCCCAUUACAGUGUUUAAAGAAAGCAGUGAAUGAAUGUUCAACAGGGAGAAUCUGUCUGUUUUUAAGGGGUACUCAGUGUCUUGGAUACUUUUAACAGUUAUUAAUAAUUUAUGGAACAUUUUAAUUUAAUUAAUUCUGAGAUUUAAGACUGAGAAAUAAAAUUCACAGACUAGAAAACAUAAAUUCAGAACAGCACUUAAGAUUUCAGCAGACAGAUCUAAUCCUCUUCACUCUCUCUUUGUCUAACUGGUUAGUCAUUUUAUAAUAAAACUGUUGGCUGGAGUUCACAUGUAUGUACCUGUGCUCACCUGUCCUCCUGUGGAGCAGACUCUACCUGUCUCUGUCCCUGACGGGGUUAACUCUGUCUCAGGUUAUUCACCCAUUGAGGUGUGACCUGAUUCACUGCUGUGGGAAACAACUGGUUGCUGUGGGAGACGGUGGGUGCAGCUGGGUGGGGUUCAGGUGUCACAGGUGUGUGAAUAGAGAAGACUCUUGCACACGGGAUCGUGUCUGUGUGUGUGUGUGUGUCAGCUCUUUAUUUCAUACAGGUUCUUGGCUACUGUUUCCUUGUCCCUGAUUGGCUGUUGAGUAUGGUGUUAGUGAUGACCUCAGUGCAGAAUUAGUCCAGGUGCGCUCCCUGAGCUGAUCCCAGCUGUUUUGUUUUUUCUCCAGUGACGCUCACGUGCUGGCAUUGCUCUCUCUGAAAACCGGCCUAUCGGCUGCUGAUGCUCGCUCCAUCAGGCGGAGCGUGGAGGAGAACCGCCUCAGCGAUGUGUCCACCAAUCAGAGCCCUCCAUUCUUCUCCAAAGUCAAAGUGAAAUGGAUCAACAAUAGGAUCAGUCAGAUGGGACUGAAGACCUGA